GUAUCUGAUGGUGUAGAAGUAACGGUGGAAAAUUCAGGGGAAUACACAAUGAAAACAUUAGCGACGAACAGGGAAAGCUGCUCUGUAAAUUGGUUUAGCAGUCUUCGCUGUAGAGUACUGGAACAUUUGGCCGAGAUUAUUCAGAAUGGUCCAGACGAGUUGGUUGGCGAAAUUGUCAAUAUCAGGAUUGCCUGGCCUGCUCUUCGAGCAGAUGUGGAGAUACGGAUUGAUUUUAUUAAAAAUGGCGGAUUUGAGCUUCUUUCGAAUCAAAUGCGAGGAUAUCCAGCAACAGAAGAAAUAGCUUCGUCUUUGUUCUCACUACUUUGUGAAGAAUCAGUGCGUUUCAAUGACGACUUCGAUGCAAAUCGUCUUGCUGUACUACACGUCAAUCAUUUCAAGUGCUUAUCUUUGAAAGCAAUUUUUGCAUUGUGGGAAGAAAGCGUUUGUCCAUCAAGUCUGGCCGUCUGCGAGAAUGUUUCCUCGGCUUUAAGAAAGACUGCCUUGAUGAUUUUUCCGACGAUUUUCAUUUGCUUUUGUUUUCACUGCAGCUUCGAUGCAAAUCGUCUUGCUGUACUACACGUCAAUCAUUUCAAGUGCUUAGCAUUAAAAGCAAUUUUUGCGUUAUGGGAAGAAAGCGUUUGUCCUUCAAGUCUGGCCGUCUGCGAGAAUGUUUCCUCGGCUUUAAGAAAGAUCUUCGCUGACAAUGAUAUGUUAAUGCAAGCAAUGAUGGAUGCCGGGUUGUGCCUCACAAUGGUAUCUGUCUUGAAACGCAUUGCUGCAUUGCCUUCCAUGUAUGAUUUCAUUUUAUAA